CUAGGCAAACUCCCGAGGCCCGGGAAGCGGGGCCGGGACCCGCGGGCCCGCCCGAGCGCGACGCGGCGACACGCCGCCUCCCGCGCUGCUGACACCUCGGCCCCCACAUGGGCGCCCCCCUUCCCGCGGCCCCUGACCCUUCUCGCGGCUCGGCCCGCCCGCUCCCGGCAGUCUCCUCCUGCGCCCCGCACCAGCGGCGCCCGGCCCGCGCGCCCGGCGCCGGGGGCGCCUCCCUCCCGCCCGGCCGAGGUCCUGCCGACUCGGUGGCCCGGCCCCCGCUGCCCGGCGGGCCCGACGCCCCUCCCCGCCUGGCCGCCGUGCGGAGGUGUUCGGGCGACCACCGCGGCUCCGGCUUGGUGUGUGCCUUGCCUAGUUUCACUUGAUACUCUUCAGGAAUUAUGUAGAAAAGAAAAGCUCACAUGUAAAUCGAUUGGAAUCACCAAAAGGAAUCUAAACAAUUAUGAGGUGGAAUACUUGUGUGACUACAAGGUAGUAAAGGAUAUGGAAUAUUAUCUUGUAAAAUGGAAAGGAUGGCCAGAUUCUACAAAUACUUGGGAACCUUUGCAAAAUCUCAAGUGCCCUUUACUACUUCAGCAAUUCCUUAAUGACAAACAUAAUUAUUUAUCUCAGGUAAAGAAAGGCAAAGCAAUAACUGUAAAAGACAAUAACAAAGCUUUGAAACCUGCCGUUGCUGAGUACAUUGUAAAGAAGGCUAAACAAAGGAUAGCUCUCCAGAGAUGGCAAGAUGAACUCAACAGAAGAAAGAAUCAUAAAGGAAUGAUUUUUGUUGAAAAUACUGUUGACUUAGAGGGCCCACCUUCAGACUUCUACUACAUUAAUGAAUACAAACCAGCUCCUGGAAUCAGCUUAGUAAAUGAAGCUACCUUUGGUUGUUCAUGCACAGAUUGCUUCUUUGAGAAAUGUUGUCCUGCUGAAGCUGGAGUUCUUUUGGCUUAUAAUAAAAACCAACAAAUUAAAAUCCCACCUGGUACCCCCAUUUAUGAAUGCAACUCAAGGUGUCAAUGUGGACCUGAUUGUCCCAAUAGGAUUGUACAAAAAGGCACACAGUAUACACUUUGCAUCUUUCGAACUAGCAAUGGCUGUGGCUGGGGUGUAAAAACCCUUGUGAAGAUUAAAAGAAUGAGUUUUGUCAUGGAAUAUGUUGGAGAGGUAAUCACAAGUGAAGAAGCUGAAAGACGGGGGCAGUUAUAUGACAACAAAGGAAUCACAUAUCUCUUUGAUCUGGACUAUGAAUCUGAUGAAUUCACAGUGGAUGCAGCUCGAUAUGGAAAUGUGUCUCAUUUUGUGAAUCACAGUUGUGACCCAAAUCUUCAGGUGUUCAAUGUUUUCAUUGAUAACCUCGAUACUCGUCUUCCCCGAAUAGCAUUAUUUUCCACGAGAACCAUAAAUGCUGGAGAAGAGCUCACUUUUGAUUAUCAGAUGAAAGGUUCUGGAGAUAUAUCUUCAGAUUCUAUUGACCACAGCCCAGCCAAAAAGAGGGUCAGAACUGUGUGCAGAUGUGGAGCUGUGACUUGCAGAGGUUACCUCAACUGAAUUUUCAGGAAAUAGAGCUGAUGAUAAUUGUAGUUUUGUUUUUUGCUAAUGUUAACCUUUAAAAAAGAAGUAUUUGGGACUCUUUUCAUACUAUCAAGAUUAUACACUAUGUUCAUGUUUCAAAACUCCCGGCCAAAUGCAUUACUGAUGCUUCUGAAUAGAGGAAUACAGGGUCACAUAGACUAAUUUGAAAUAUACAUAUUUAGUGGUUAGAUACUAAACGUGAAAGGAAAACUAUUUACAGAUCAGCACAUACAUACUUAAGAAGUCUAUGUGAACAGAGAAAUGCCUCCUUCAGAGUUUGUGUUAAACUGAUAGUGUAACAGUCGCUAAGAUCAAACAUUCAACUUGCCAUACACCUUGAAUUUAGAGAAAUAGAGUUAAUUCAGUUUGGGCAAAUAUAAAAGUUCUAUUUUUGUUAUUAUGUUGUCAUUCCUGUUUACCUACUUAACUACUCACUGUACUUGUAUUUGAGACAAAUAGGUGAUACUGAAUUAUAUAUACUCUAUUUUCUACUUCUUUCAUUAAAACACUGGGAUCUUAAUUAUAUAGAAAUUUAAAGUCUAAAAUUAAUGUAAAAAAUUAAUUAUAGCUUGAUUUCAUAUUUUGAAGCAAUCUAGACCAUUAUGAGGGGUGUAUGUCUGAACCAGUAAUUCUUAAAGAUUUUUUAAUCCUGUAGGAGGAAAAUCUCCAAAAAGUGCUCUCUAAAAUUUUAGAAUAUGCUUCUUUGAAAGGGCGGGGAAAUGGGACUAGGAGGGUUUUUUUGGAGUACAGGCAGGGGAAGUGGAGCAUUUUAAGGGCCCCUCGUAGUAACAUGAAUUAGGAGAUCCACAUUGAGUACCUCAGGUCUAAACAGUAAAACAAGAUACCCUUGAGAGCAGCUGUACCUAAUGAUAAUUUUUCACACAAUACAUUAACAUUACAUCUUCUGAAUUUCAGGCAGUUUUAACAUUUCCUUUCCACCAAAUUUAAUUAUUUUUAUAUUUCCUGCAUGCUCUUCUUAAAAAGGAAUCUAUAUUUUGAACUGAUACUUAUUUUAUACAUGAAUUUUUUAAAUGUGAUAAAGCUAAACUUGGCUUGGCCAAAAUAUGUGCCUGAAUUAUGAGACCAUUUAUUACUUGAACUAUGUAGACUGAAAUGGAAUAUAUUAAUUGUUUGUUAUUUUUCUUUUUUUUCCUGUGUAGUAAAACCUCAAUUGGGAAAAACUGUUUUCCUCUCUUUGUGAUUCUGGGAUUUCUAAUUAUGGGGUGCAACAUGAGAGUAAAUGCAGCAAGUAAAUCUGACUUUUGGUAUUCCUAAUCAAAUUCUACUUAAGCUCAUUGCCCUAGGCUUUAAUGACCUAAAAUAAGUUUGGGUAAAAUUGAACUGACUUCAAGAAUGCAGCACUUCAAAUAUCUUCUUAAUAUUUAACCUCUUUUUUUGGAAGAAGCUACACUUUAUAAUUCAUUAUAUUGCUACCACAUGACUUUGCUCUUUUAUAAGAUAGGGUAAAUUGUUUACAUGUUUGGAGCCUCAGAGUAUAUCUGCUAAUCAAAAUUUGCAGGUGUCAAGGAAAAAUACAUUUUUUUAGUGCCAUUUCUUAUGUUUUAUUUAUGAAAAAAUACAUGGUGUGCAUGGUGAGAAAGUCACAGAUUCACAGGUUGCUCCCAGUGGCCAAGCUUUCUUUGAAUAAUAAUUCUCACAGGUUUAAAGAUGUAAUUUCAACAUUCUUUUUAAAAAAUCAAUGUUUUGCUGUCUAGUUACUUGAUUUUUGUCUACUUUUUGUGUUAUUAAUGUAACCUGGAGAGCAAAGGGAAGCCAGCUAUUUUCAGUAAACUUGUUUUGUCCUUAUUAAUAGAAAUUUAAUGAGCCUUUGAGAGUUUAAUUACCAGUGUUACCCUUAUGUUAUUAAAAAGCUGAACUUAAAUAGUAAAGUAAUAGAAACUAUUUAAACGAAGCUGUUAGGAGUUUUAACUAUUUUAAGUCAACAUUUAGCUGCUUUAAAUUAGCGUCGUAAGUUGCCAGAAUUUGUUCUCUCAAUAUAAAGCAAAUAUUCAACGGUAAUAUUUAGAUCAAGUUUAAACUGUCAACUAAUCCACUGUACAAGUUGUAUUAACACCAUUGUCUUCAAUAUCUACAUAAGAGUAUUGUGAUACACAAUUGGUAAUCUCAGGGUUUUUUCUCCAUAUAUGCAAAAUCUAGACCACACUUAUUUUUCUUAUAGUUCAACAGUUUUACUCUAGCAAAAUAAAUUUAGCUUGGCAUUUGA